GAUAAUUGUGGAUUAAAAACCGGCAAGGGUUAUUUUCAAGGUCAAGCCAUUUUAGAUUUUAAAAUUAGCGGUGGGAUUAUGGGUAUCGGUAGCAUUCACCCGAACGGCAAACCUUACCAAGUAAAAGGAGCCGGUUCUUUCUUUUUAAGGAAUAAUUUUGUUUUUCAAUCACCGCAGGAAGUUGUUGAGUUAUUAAAGCAAGAUUUUGGCAUUGAGAUAAAAAGUAUGCGAGAGCAUUUUUCUUACACAAAAAUCAUUGACAAAAUGACUGAUUACCGACCAUUAACCGAGAAAACUUUUUUUGCUCCCUCGCGGGAACCACCGGUUAAUGACGGGGCUAAUGAAAAACAAGCCCUAGCGGUUCCUAAUCAUACCCUUCUAUAUGUUUGGGUUGGGAUAAGUGUUAAAAAGAAUUAUAUGAACGAAUUAAGGCAAGCAGACAAUAAACAACUCUUGCAAGAGAUACAAAGUCGCCUUCAUAGUAGACAACUAACCGAGAAAGAAGUAGCCGAAGUAUUAGAAGCCGAAGAGUGA